GCUCAACAGUUAGCAUUGUCAAUUGCGCCAACGCAAUCUGAGAGGUUUGAGAAGCUCAGGCAUCAUGGCCCUUCUGACCGUUGACAGUCUUCUGGAUGACAGGCUGUCCAAGCCGGCGCGCAUUGACGCUGAGCAACACGCGGAGGCGCACACGCUCCUGGCAGGCAAGGCCAAUGUGCAAGCUGCCAGCCUCCAAGUGGAGCUAUCGCAGGCAGUGAAGAGUAAGGCGGAGAUUGAUGCGGUGGCACCCCCGCAAGUCCUUGUCAUCGACGCGCAGGACGAGCUUGCUGCUCAGACGCGCGCAACGGCGGCAUCGAGCUGCGAAUCUUUGAAAGAGGUGGCUGAGAUUGCCUGCGCCAGAACCGCACACUUGGCGCAGCAGCUGCAGGGGCUACAACACCUGGAAUCCAAGGAGCUGGCGGAACUCGUGCAAAGUGCAGAGAAGGCCAAGCACCACCUCGACGAGAUCUUGGAGCAGCUGCAGCGGCUGAAGGCCUCGGAGCAGCGAAAGACGUCGAGACGUCAGGAGAUCAGAUUCCGGGCCGUUUGCUCGGAGACUGUUGUUGGGGACGAACUGAAGGUCGUGGGCUCCUGCAGAGAAUUGGGGGGCUGGGACACUGGCAGAGGCCUGGUUUUGCAGACCUCCGCCGAUGCCUUCCCAUUAUGGACCGGCCUGGUGACCAUGGAUGCACCGGUAGAAGUCGAGUUCAAGCUCGUCAUCGCGCGGCCCAGCCGCGACGAAUGGGAAGAUCUGCAGAAUCGAUCUCUGAGGAUUCCAGCUGAUUCGGACGGCCCAUGGGAAGUAUCCUUACAAUACAACCACUCCUCAAUGGUGGGGCCGAAGCAUCUGGCGCAAAACGCUUGGCCCCGGCUCUUGGGACGGGCGCCGGGCGACUGUGAUGAGAAAGACGCACUUGACCACCAUGUCCGCGCCGUCGGGCAAGACGAGCUGGAUGCACUGAUGACCAGGGUUGUGGGCCAUAUUCAUGGCCUCAGCGCCCCGUUGGAGACCCCCGGACAGCUGCGCGAAUGUGCCUGUUUUGGGACGAUCCCUUCCAACCUGCUGCCAACGAUUCUUUGCGAGAAGGGCAACAAACAGAAGAUGGACACGUCGCCGAACCAGGAUAAUUUUUCAGUAACGCAUUUUCAAACCGGGCACACACUGAUCUGCGCCUGUGAUGGACAUGGCAAGCACGGGCACAUUGCUGCAGCCCGUGCAGCCCAAACCAUGCCUUUCUUCAUUGCCACCGAGACAGGAAUUUCUCACGGCACCAUCAACGAAGCGGGCAUGGAGGAGGCGAUGCUGCAUGCCUUUCAAAAGGCUGAAAACGACCUCGUAGCGCAUUCGGCACAACAUGUGUGGGAUGUGGGCACCAGUGGCACUACGGCCGUGGUGGCCCUAGUGAAAGGCCACAACAUUUGGACGGCGAACCUGGGAGAUUCCCGCGCUGCCAUUGGAUCUGUACUGGACAGGAAGCUGACCUUCGCCACAAAAGACCACACGCCGCAGUGCGCAAAGGAGCGAGCGCGCGUGGAAGCUAUGGGGGGACAGGUGGUGUCAGAGAUUCACCCGGACGGUCGUGCGACUCACCGCAUUUUCAGCAAGGGUGCAACCUACGGCCUUUCAGUGGCCCGCACGCUGGGUGACCAGAGCCUGAAGAGCCAUGGUGUUUGUGCCGUCCCUGAGGUGGCGCACACAAUGGUAGACCCGUCAAGAAAGGCAUUUGUCCUCCUGGCUAGCGAUGGUCUUUGGGAGUUCUUGGACUCUAAGUCCGUCGUGAAGGCUGCUGCCGACCAGAUCGCGCAAGCCGGGCCCGCCAUGGCAGUACAGCUGCUGCAUAAGGAGGCAAAGAAGAAGUGGCGCCAGGUACACGGAGGCAAGUACAGCGACGACAUUACGUCAGUCCUUUUGCAGCUCUGAUUGAUCAGUUCGCCCAGUCCUUUAAAAGGCUGAGCAGGCCAAACCGAGAGGGUCGCCAAUGCAACUGCUGAACUUGCCGG